UCUCCGCCGUGACGCUGCUCAGAACCAUGUCUCUCUGCCUCUGGGCAGUCGAUCCUGUCCCUUUCUGGAGCUCCAACACCUUUUUCUCUCACAGGUGACAGUACUGACCGCCAUGCUGUCAGGCAGGUGGUGGCCCAGUGCCUGGGGGAGCCUAGGGCUGGGGCCCCGGAGUGCAUCUCGGGGAGCCCAGCUCUGUGCCCUCUAUGCCUUCACUUACACUGCGGCAGAUGGCCGGCAGGUAUCUCUGGCUGAAGGGGACAGGUUCCUACUGCUCCGAAAGACCAACUCAGACUGGUGGCUGGCGAGGCCUCUGGGCGCCCCCUCCACGUCUCGGCCCAUCUUCGUGCCUGCUGCCUACAUGAUAGAGGAGGGACCCCCCCCUCCCCGGAGCCCGACUGCCUCUGCCGCUGGCCAAACUCCCCAGAGGCCUGGCCCCCGGCUGCUCCCCGGCUCCCUGGGGGAGUUGCACCUGUCUCAGGCACCCCCGGGUGGAGAUGGAGAGGGGGCUACUUCCGGUCUGCCUCCUCCUCUCCCCCCCAAAAUGUGGAGAAGUGUCAGCGUCACCAGUCUGAGGCCCACCGUCCAGCAGCCCUUCCCGGAGGGGCAGCGCAGGAGGUCGCGCUCCCAGGAAGACCUUCUGAUGGAGGCCAGCAGCAGCAGGGCAGGCCCCCAGCCCCCCAUGUCCGAGCCCCCCGUGUACUGCAACCUGGUGGACCUGCGCCGCUGCCCCUCCUCCCCGCCCCCCAACCCCGCGUGCCCCCCGCUGCAGAGGCUGGACGCCUGGGAGCAGCAUCUGGACCUCAGCUCCGGACGCUGCUUCUACGUGAACUCGCUGACCGGCUGCAAGUCCUGGAAGCCCCCUCGGCGCGCGCGAGCCCGCGAGCCCAACCCUGACUCCAUGGACGGGACACCCACCCAGAGUAGGGACCACGGCGACCGGCACCCUCAGGCCAAGAGCCCUGGAGACCACCCCGGAGACCAGCCUGGGAGCCCAGAACUGCUCAGCCCGCAGGGCCCCCCCGGCCUCCAUCAGGGGAGCUCCCAGCAUUGCCCUUCAGAGCAGCCUCCAGCCCUGCUGUCCCCCCGACCCCUGCCCCAGGUCCUCGAGGACCCCCACGAGGUGGAAAAGUCUGGUCACCUCAACGUGACCAAGAUCGCCCAGGGCGGGCGCAAGGUCAGGAAGAACUGGGGCCCGUCCUGGGUGGUGUUAGCUGGGAACAGCCUCGUGUUCUACCGGGAGCCCCCGCCUGCCUCCCCCACCUCCUUCUGGGGCCCAGCGGGCAGCCGCCCGGAAAGCAGCGUGGACCUUCGCGGGGCGGCGCUGGCCCACGGCCGCCACUUGUCCAGCCGGCGCAACGUCCUGCACAUCCGCACCGUCCCGGGCCACGAGUUCCUGCUGCAGUCGGACCAGGAGCCGGAGCUGAGAGCCUGGCACGGCGCGCUGCGGGCGGUCAUCGAGCGCCUGGACCGCGAGAACCCCCUGGAGCUGCGCCUGUCGGGCUCCGGCCCCGCCGAGCUGGGGGAGCUGAGCGCGGGAGAGGACGAAGAAGAGGAGUCCGAGCGGGGCCCCAGGCCGCUGCUGCGCCUCGGCGGCCUCCGGAGCUCCAGUCGGCGGGAAGGGACGGAGCAGAGCCGCGUGCGCAGCAAGCUCAAGCGGCUCAUCGCCAAGAGGCCGCCCCUGCAAAGCCUGCAGGAGCGGGGCCUGCUCCGGGACCAGGUCUUCGGCUGCCAGUUGGAGUCACUGUGCCAGCGGGAAGGGGACACCGUGCCCAGCUUUGUGCAGCUCUGCGUUGCAGCUGUGGACAAGAGAGGCCUAGAUGUAGAUGGCAUUUACCGGGUGAGUGGGAAUUUGGCGGUGGUCCAGAAGCUUCGCUUCCUGGUGGACAGAGAACGGGCGGUCACCUCUGACGGGAGGUACAUGUUCCCAGAACAAACAGGACAAGAGACCCGGCUGGACUUGGACAGCGCGGAGUGGGAUGACAUCCACGUGGUCACGGGGGCCCUGAAGCUGUUUCUCAGGGAGCUUCCCCAGCCUCUGGUCCCGCCCCUGCUGCUGCCUCGAUUCCGAGCUGCCCUCGCACUCUCGGAAUCAGAGCAGCGCCUCUCUCAGGUGCAGGAGCUGAUAGGCUCAAUGCCGAAGCCCAACCACGACACUCUGCGCUACCUCCUGGAGCACCUGUGCAGGGUGAUCGCGCACUCAGACAAGAAUCGCAUGACCCCCCACAACCUGGGCAUCGUGUUUGGACCCACCCUGUUCCGGCCCGAGCAGGAGACGGCCGACCCCGCGGCCCACGCGCUCUACCCGGGGCAGCUCGUGCAGAUGAUGCUCACGGACUUCCCCAGCCUCUUCCCCGGACCCUGACCGGCCCGCGCCCCCGGGGCGCCCCCUUGUGGGGGGGGGGCGGCGGUGCUGGGCCCCUGGUAAAGCCUCUG